CCUACCCCCCUCUAAAUGAUACGCUCAGCUGUUUUAGACUUUUCUAGGUGGGAGUGUAGUGUGGUAGGCCUAUUUAAGUCCAUCCGGGUGUUCUAUUUAGAGAGUUCCACACGCUUUAAUAAGCAAGGAAGGAAAAUCGGGGUUGGAGGUCAGGUUGUGAUAUUUUGGUCACCAAGCAAUGAAGACAAGUUGAAAGCUUUAGACAACAUCCCGUUGCUCUUCUACAUCCUAGCUGCCAAGACAAUCCUGCUGUGUCUGGGGUUCGCGGCUGUGAAGAUCUACCAGACCAACAAGCUAGAAGCAGCCAAUAAGCGCGAGUUGGAGGAGAAAAAACGGCUUGCCCAGCAGACACAGGAGCUCUUAGAUAACAAGAAGGAUGACUGACAAAACAGGUGUACAGGGAGAAGAGCAACCACCCUGGGUGGCAUGGAGAAGGACGCACACACCAAGACUAAAGCAGAACUCCAAUUGUCUGUUCCUGGAAGAAGGUCUGAUCACUUCCUGUUGGACAAUACCUGUGAUGACAACACAUCAGACUUUUAGCUGUUACUUUUUUAGACAAAUGUGGGCUUCAACACCUUUCUGUUUGUAAAUAAAGACUCAUUUUUGUACCCUG